AGAAUGAAGCCCUGCUCCAGACUCCUCCUGUACACGUGACUGAUCACAUGAUCAUACAUCAUCAAAGGUCCUGUAGCUGUGUAGGAUUUGUCCUGUACCGUGCACUAGUGCAGUCAGUGAGGGCCUGAAUCUGAGAUGUCUGUUUGAACCAUGCAACAUUGUCACUUCACCUGAAAUAGAAGAAUACACCCUGUCAUGAGCGCUGCUCUGAAGAGAAAACACAGAUACAAUGAUUGCCAGUACUGGUUCCAGUGGUCUAUAUAAAGCACCUUUGUCUAAAGGCCUACUACUCAUACCCAGUGCACUGUCCAUUCUACUCUCAUUCCUGUUUCAACAGCAGCAAUCCUUUUUUGUAUAUAACCUGCAAGCAAUAAAGGAAAGUUUCAAUGUAUGGAAGCUGAUCUCGGGGAGAGUAGUAUGCCUAGAUUUGAAGGACGCCUUUUGUAGUAGUUUACUAAUCUACAAUUUUAGGACAUUAGAGAGAAGAUUUGGCAGUCGAAAAUUUACAUCGUUUUUGCUUGGGACCUGGAUACUUUCAGCACUUUUUGAUAUCCUGCUUGUUGAAGCUGUAGAAGUUGUGGCUGGAUUAACUCUUAGUACUCUACCUUCUGGAUUUUUAUCUCCUGUCUUCGCAUUGUUUGUGCCGUUUUAUUGCUCCGUGCCACGAGUGCCAUUGGCUCACAUAUUUGGCUGGUUUCCUAUUACCAAUAAAACUUUAGUGUACAUAGUGGGACUACAGCUCUUAACAUCAAGUCCCUAUAUGCUGGUGGUUGCCAUAAGUGGUGUGAUAUCUGGAUUGUUUUACAGCAAGGAUGUUUUAAAUGUUCGACAUGUUCUGUGUGUUCCAAAUUGGGCAGCUAAAGUAUUUUCCCGGACUUUGGAGCCAUUAUUCUCUUCUGUUGAGCCUAUCAGUGAGGCUCAUGUUGGAAUGGGCGCAACUGUGGACAUCCAAAGGCAACAAAGAAUAGAAUUGUUAGAUCAGCAGAUAAUGCUUUCACAACUUUCUCAGUUUGGAAGGAGACGCCAGGAUCAGGGGGGAAUAUUUGGUUGGAAUCGCUUUUUUCAACCACUGCGGCAACGACGGGUUGUUAAUCAUGCAGAACCACAAGCCCCUCCUCCUCCAGCACCUGAAGAGCAGGUUGCGCAGCUAAUGGAGAUGGGUUUUUCCAGGGCAGAUGUCUUAACUGCUCUUAGGGCUUCAAACAAUGAUGUCAACUUGGCUACCAAUUUUUUAUUACAACGAUGAUAAUUCAGGGGAAGGUGCAAUAUAAUAUUCUACUCCUAUGGCAUCCAAAGAUCUUUUUUUGACCUAGAAAUAUAUAUGAAGUGUUUUACAUUAACAGGGAAUUAAAGGAACCAUUUUUACCAACUCUCCUAAUCUGAUGUUGUAAAAAGGAAAGAUGUAUCUUCUACUAUAUUUAAGCGUACAGAUUUUACUUUUUUUUUUAUUUAAUUGGAAAUUUCUUAUUCCUGCUGUAAAAAAUCUGUGUUAUUGAUGCAUAAGUUGUUAUGGAAACUGCACUGAGUAUAUUAAGGUUUAAACAUCCGAGGGAUAAAACGUAGCUGAAUGCAAGUUGUCAUGUGACUCAGCACAUCGUAAUUACAUGAAGUCGUACUCUUAGGUCCACAGGUAAAAUGUGACCACUUAGCCUUUGCAGUCAGAGUCUUCCAGACAAUUUUGGAAAAAAUUAAAGCGUAGUGAUAAAGUACAAAAAACAUAUUAUACCCUUUUAAACAUAUAUUUUCUAAAGGUAGACACCAGUCACAAUUUUGCAUUAAAUUGUAAGAUAUUGUAAUGGAUGUAUAAAAGUUUAUAUUUGAGGCGUAGAUCCUGACUCAUGUAGACUUCCUAAUAAUUCUACAUAUGCAACAUUUUCUUAUGUCUAUGUCUACAUGCACUAAUCUAACAGAAAAGACCAAAAAUCAGAUGACAGUAGAAGGCUGUGAUAUUACUUCCUGUUUUGUCUUCGCAGCUAGACGCUUACAACAUUACUGGUAUACAUAGAUAAAAGUGAAACCUUUAUCAUGACUUUUUUCUUACACAUAUGGCAAUAAAGGGGUUGAAUGUUCAAAUAUCUGCAUAUGGGAUAAAACAUAAGUCAAAUUGUGCACUUUACUCAUAUUAUGGAGAACAUUCUGGACCUCACUGGUCUCACGUGUAGCCUUCUUCCUCUGUUCUUCCACAGUGCGUGCUGAUGUUAUGUCCAUGGUGGCGUCAGCGUUUGAUCACAUAGGUCAUCUCAUCUGUCAUCACUAUGAAUGAUGAUUGCAUUGUAUGAUGGUUUCAGUGCAAACAGGGCUCGUUAUGAAUCCGUUUGGAGUUAGAUGUAUUUUUCAUAGUGUCUCAUAAAUUCUCAAAUAAAUGAUGUCAUUCAGUUAUUAUAAAAGUGGAUGGGGAACCUUAAAGUUAUAUAUUUUUACUGUUGGUUAUUUACAGAAAACAAAGCACAAUCUGGAAUAUAUUAAAAUCAACAGUGUUUUAAUUGUUUCUAAUGUGCAUGAUACCAACAUAUGUUGGUAUUAAUAUUGUAGUAUACAGUAAACAGCAGCCCCUCCCUUAGCCUCCUUUGCUUAUCUCAACAUUUUUGUCUUUGCAAAGACCUUCUUAAUUUUUUGUUGUUGCAAUAGUUCUGCGAAACUUUGAGAGUCUGGCCUUUUAGAUAUUAAGAUACGUUUCUUGUGUAUUCAGCCGCUUCAGAUUGCUUUAAUUCAUAAUCAAGAUUAGCUAAAUAACUAAAUAAAGUGUGAUUUCUGGGAUCACUAACUAUGAAGUCUACAAUCGCAUCCAAAUUAGGAAAGAUUGAAAUAGUUCCAGGGUCUAUUUACCUGAGCAAAUCCUGUACUGUGCAGUCAAACACCACACGUUGUUUUGCUGCGUAUGUUUGACUUUGGAUUUCAUCACUAUUUAUAAGUAACACCAGAUCUACCAUUCACAAUAGGUGAUAAUCAAUCCCCCUCCCUUCUCAAUUACCUCUGUAUUGGUCACUGAUCAUGCCUAGAAUGCUUUCCAAAAGUCAGUGAUUCCCCUCCAGGCUACAGGUUCCUGUGAUCCAUGUGGUUGCUCUAUAUCUCAAAAUAUUGUUAACAUCAGUCCAGGCAAGAUGGCUGACCCCAUAAUCAAAUAUAGAAAAUAGAUUUAAAAAAAAAAGUAUAGUAAAACAAAAAAAAAAAAAAAGGAAAAUGUCAGUAUCUGGCUUUAACCCCUU